AUGUCUACGGAAGAGUCAGCUUCGAAAGAGCCAGUUAUAGAAAACUCGGCUCCAGAUGAAGCAGUUACGCCUGAGCCCGACCCACCCGCCGAGGAGCUGGUCACUGAUGAGCAUUUCCUCGAAAUAUUGAGCUUCGUUUCUUCGAAAUGGAACGCUCUCGUUCGAGACGUGACCGCGCAAUCAACAAGGACACGACGAAAUACGCCCGGGCGCAUUAUUGGAAGAACCGGCACGGUCGUUUACAAGAAUCACUGUCCAGCUGUUGAGAGAGAUAACUUCGUCCCCUGGAAUCGAAGAGUUCAGCAAAAGCAAGAACAACCACGCGUUGUUCAGACAAGGGUACCCCCAAAGAAGAAAUCCGCGAUUUCACCAGUAUCCGCACCAGGAACUUCCAGCAGCGCAUCUGAAAACUCUGAUUGCACACACAUCACUGCACAGAUAAAUUCGAUCAAGUUGGGAGACUCAUCUGGCGCGCUGGUUACUCCAGCAUUGCCAGUCGUUUCUCGUGGAGUCGAAAAUGAUUUCCUCAACUCUUGUGAAGACGCAAAAGCCAUCAGCGUCCAGAAAGCACUGGAGAUUGAGCCUUCAGUCCGCGAGUAUUCGGAGUUCGCCCAGGACUUCUACAACCCAGAUCUUGACUUCAACCUGAACGAAUGGCAAGAAGUCAAGACAAAGAAGAAGCCAAAAGAAGAAGCUCGAAACGAAAACGUCGAAAAUCUUGCGAGCCAGAACGAGGCGCCAAAAGAAAUGGCGCAGCCCAGCAGCACCGUUCGCUCUCGCCAGAAGAAGGUCGAGCCUCGCGGCCAGUUGCAUCGCUCCAAGUCCAACUACAGAUUUCCCUUCAAGAGCGGCGAUGUGAAUGCGAAGGAAAACAUCACUGGGAGGAACAAGAGCGCGACUAGAAAGGGAGAAAAGGCUGCGAAGAAGGGUGUUUUAACCAACACGGAAAGUAACCGUAUGAAAUAG